AUGCAUAAGCAAGACCCCAUUGCAAUUGUUGGCGCUGGUGUUUUCGGACUAAGCACUGCCUUGAAUCUUGCCAAGAGAGGAUACAGCAACGUAACUGUAUAUGAUAGAAGAAACUACGACACGGGACUCUAUUCCUACCAGAAAGGCUGCGAUGCUGCCUCUGCAGACUUGAACAAGAUCAUCAGAUCAUCUUACGGAACUCAGACCGAGUACCAAGAGCUUUCGCUCGAAGCGAUAGCCCUAUGGAACGAAUGGAACUCCGAUAUAGCGGGCGGCGAAGUACCGCCUGGUAUGAAAUCCAGCGACAAGGUGUUUUACAACAACGGAGCUAUAUCUUUCAAUGAGGGCGAGACUCUGCUUCCAUUUGAGAGAGCAACAGUCGAGAACGCCAAGAAGUUGGGCGUGUCAAAUCAACUUGUCACCAAUGAUCCUGAAGAUGUCCAGACUUGCAGGUCGCUCGGCUUUGAAACCGAUCAGUUUCACGCUCAAGCCAACGGAAAGUCCAUGGUGGGCAUACUCGAUACGAGUGGCGGACAUGUUGCUGCUGACAAGGCAUGUCGACUUGCGCUCUACAAAGCUCGCAAGCAUGGUGUCAAUUUCAUUCUCAAUGAGUCGUCUGGAACAUUCGUCUCAUUUUCCAGAAGUGGGGGAAAGGUCGUCGGCAUUCGCACCAAGGACGGGAAAACACACGAUGCUAAGCUAACCAUCAUGGCCUGUGGCCCUCAAACAGCACUUCUUGUCCCUGAGCUUGACGGUCUUUGUGAAGCUACAGCAGGCUCCGUUGCCGUCUUCAAGAUUCCCAAAACAUCGCCACUAUUCGAUCAGCUCUCACCGCAAAACUUCCCAACCUGGAUGUAUGACAUGAGGCAAGGUGCCACCGGGGGCCUUUAUGGCUUUCCAGUCGAUGGAGAAGGCCACCUGAAGAUCGGCUACCGUGGUAUAAAAUACACCAAUCCUCAAGUUCAGGCAGAUGGCAGAGAGAGAAGCGUACCCGUGACUCGUUGGUCAGAGUCUAGCAAGAUUACAAAAAUUCCAAGACAGGCCAUGGAUACCAUUGCAUCCUUCGUAUCUCAGAACCUUCCUGAGGUUCUGCGCGAGGUCAAGGAUGUUGCCUUCACAAGACUGUGCUGGUAUACUGACACUUUUGAUAACCACUUUGUUAUUGAUCGUGUACCUGGUCAGGAGGGACUGAUGGUUGUGACUGGCGGAAGCGGCCAUGCUUUCAAGUUUUUACCCAAUGUCGGCAACUAUGUUGUAGACAUCAUUGAGGGAGUCGGCCUGGACCGUCCUGCCAUCCAGGCAUGGCGCUUCCGAAGCCCUGGAUCGUCUCAGACACCAAAUACCUUGAUGGAGGGCUCAGGGAGUACCAGGUCAUUACAGAAUGUAUUGCUGGUAGACUCGAUUCAUAGUAAAGCACCUCCAAGGCAGUCACUGUUGUAG